AUGGCUUCAGACCCAGACCCAGACCUUGCAGCUAAGUAUGCUCGUAACGGCAAAGUCUUGGUAGCCUCUUCCAUUCUUCUCUUCAUACUCGUACUCAUCAUCGUUCUUUUUCGCACUUACGUUUACCUUUGCCACCGUUACCAUCACCGUCGCCGUCAACGCCCUCUUACCACCACUUUCAACGAACAAAAACUUGAUCCUUCCAUUCUCAAAUCCCUUCCUUCCUUCACUUACUCUUCCUCCGCCGCACGCCGUACUCUCCACGACUGCGCCGUCUGCUUGUCGGAGUUCAUCGACGGAGAUGAAUGCCGUACGCUUCCUAACUGUAACCACGAUUUCCAUUCUGAUUGCAUUGACACGUGGCUCGCUUCUCACUCUAAUUGUCCUCUCUGCCGUGCUCUGGUCCGACCGGAAUCUCACAUUGAAUGGUCCGAUAUUUCGGGUUUCGAACCGGGUGAGGGUUGCUCUUAUUUUCCUGAACCGAUUGGGUGUCCGAGAAAACAAUUGAAUUUAAAUCUAAGUAAUUAUAGAAUCUCAUUUGAAACUGGAAAAGAGGAAAGGAAUUUUAGGAUUCUCGCUGGGACAGGUGGUGCUUGUAAGUUUGAUAUGCUUAAUUGA